UCGCCACUUAGGUACCACAUUCAUGGGUGUGGGUGUGGGGACUAAGUCAAUUUGAUACCGUAUUGCUGUCUCGCAUGUUGGCGUCUGUGUUUGGCAGUCGUCAGGUCUCCACGUGGCUUAUUGACAUACUGUUACAAAAUGACGCGGCAUCUUCACUAAAAGACAUUGUGCUGACGGAAACAGAUCUAGCAUAUUGUACUGAAGGAAACAGAUCUAGCAUAUUGUAGGGACAGCAUCACGCAUGACUGAUUGUGUAAUGAUGCUGUCUGUGUUUAUUACGAACCUGCAAAUGACAUCACGUUUAUAGAGUGUUUGGUGAACAAGUUUACAUACGCAUACAUCAACAUAGUGAUGAGAAAUGAUGCCGACAAUCUUCUACAGAGCUGAAAAAAUUUUACAGAACUGAAACAAUUUUACAGAACAGAAACAAUUUUACAGAACAGAAACAAUUUUACAGAGCUGAUACAAUUUUACAGAACUGAUACAAUUUUACACACGUAGAUCAAAUAUCAACUCCCAGCGCAGACUCAGUUUCGCCACAAACGGAUAUCCUACACCCGGACUAAUCCCGUAUAUCUGUUCGGAUAUUUUUUAUGGAUUUCUCUCGGGGACGGUGUAAAGGAGUGUUAUGUUGCCUUUAUUAAAACGUCUAGUUCGGGCCAUAAGGACCAAACCAAAGUUCAUCGUCCGUUAUCUGGCUGUAAUGGUGGUCUGUGGGCUAGGUCUCAAGGUAUACAACAGUAGCGGACAAGGACCAGUUUUCUACGUGGAGUUUGUCAAACGACACCCAGACGAUAUCCAACAUGGAGAGCUGACCUUCGUCAAGGACGAUCAACUAGAAAACAUGAAAAUGGAGACUAAAACACGGCCGUAUGAGAACCAUGUAAAAACUACCGAAAUACCACCUCUAACUACCAAAUCACGUCAAACCACCAAAACACCACAUCCAACGACCAAGCUGAAACCACCCAAUGUGAACCAGAGAACGACCCAGCCCCAACGGCCGAAGAACGUGCCACAUCCACCCAUGAAACAGUUGACCCAGGCACCCAACAAGACUCCGCCACCAGCCAAAACUGACGCUGACGUCUGGGAGAGCAUGUCCAGCAGAAGAAAACUCGUGGAGCAGACGUGUGCCCGGGGGGUGGGUGUCCUGAGGGAGCCGGUCAUCAACCACACCCUCGUGUCCAGGAUGCACCACUUCAUCUACUGCCCCGUGGAGAAGACGGCCUCGACCUUCUGGAGACGCUUCCUGUACCAGCUGGAGUUCACUGACCCUAUGCAAUCACCUUUUGACGUGAGCGUCAAGACGGCCUAUGACGCCAUGACGCUACACCGCCUGCAGGUGUUUGAGAAGAAGUCCCGCCUCCAGCUUCUGCUUGACCUGUCCACCAAACUGCUCUUCGUCCGCGACCCCUAUUCCAGAAUCUUCUCCGCCUACGUCGACAAACUUUUGGCGCCUAACCCAGUCUUCUGGGAGACGUGGGGCGUUCCGUCCGUCCGGCUUUACCGGAAUAAUUGCGGCUCCAGUUGUGGUGAUGACGUGACAUUCAGCGAGUUCGUGAGCUACACGCUGGACCACGAGUGGGGGUACGAGCCUCACGUGAUGCCUAUUUUUAGACUGUGCUCCCCGUGCUGGGUCAACUACACGAUCGUCGGCAAGAUGGAGACCUUCCGGCGGGACACGCGCCACCUGCUGACCUACUUACAGCUGAACGAGAGCCGGCUGGGCUUAGAGAGGCUCCACGACGACGUUGUGCGAGACGCUGUCGAGGACUCGGUCAACGACGCCAUGAGCGAGGCGUGGCUCAACUCCAGCUUAAAAUGUACCGACAAAAUCGGCGUCGCUAAGCGGAUUUGGCGCAAACUUCAGAUCCGAGGUUUGAUUAGUUGGAGGCGAAACUUCGACCUUGACCCUAAAUACGUAGAAACCAUGCAAGGCGAGGAUUACAUCAAUAUUUUGAAGCAAUCGCUAGGGGCGUCAACUGACGUGCAAGAGCUCGCUCUACAAAAAGAACAGGCCAAACUGGAAGCCUUCAGCACUCUGACACAUGGCCAGAUUUCUAAGCUGCAGGAGAUUUACAUGCCAGAUUUUAAGCUUUUUGGUUACGACGAGGAGACUUUGGUCGACCAAUUAAAAAAUAUACAAAACACGAACGCUCUAGAUUGGACGAAGAGUUGGGACAUGGAAAAAGUUAUUUCUAAAAAUAGAUAAUGUUUGUGUCCACCGAACAAUUAGUGAUAUUAUUUAGAUCUAAAUUAUAUUAGGGCCUAUAAUCUGAAAAUCACAUCGAUUUUUUUUACUUAUUUUUAAAACCGCCUCUGCCAUGAGUAUAGUUUAAAAUUAUUCCGAUAGCUUAGUGUCGAGACAUGUCGAUUACUAAACAAACAUAAUGAUUAACAAAUAUCUUCUCAAAACAACUAAGUUAACUUGUAAUAUCUUAU